GUUUGCUCCGGCGGGUCGUUUGAACCGCUACAGCAGAAGCGGUGAAGACUGAUCAGUGAUAUACAAAGCCAGGCAGUGCGCGCAUCUUUGAAAAACGCGAAUUGCAGCGAAACUCCGCUGAACGGCCGCAAAAGUGAGUUGCCACACACACUGACUUGCUCGCAGCACUGAUAGCUCCGUUACUGAUUCCCCGUCACGCGCUGGAAACCGUGAACCAUGCUCGACCCACUGCUGCGCUACGCUAUAGCGGCAGCCAUCGCGGCGACGGCCGGCCGCGGCCUCGUGCGGCGCGGCCAGCACGCGGCGUUGUUUCCGGCACCGGCGGGCCUGCUCGACGCGGCUCUGGACCACGGCGAUUCAAAGUUCGGACGGACGAGCCGCACGGAGGUCCUCGGCUCGCUCGCGGCACGCAUCGACGAAAACGGGCGCACGACCGCGGACGAGACGGCCUACGCCGAUGCGGCGCUGCGGCUGGCGCGCGACGCAGAAUUACUCUUCGCCGCGCGGCGGCUGCGGGCGGCGCGGCGCCGCGGCGCGCGAGCCAAGCCCAACGCCUUAUCAGAGGAUCUGGCGGAACCGCUGGCGUCCAUCGGCGCGGCGGAGAAGGUGCUCAGCGCGCGGCCGCUCGAUGAAGACUGGCAGGCGCGGAACUGGGCGCGCGAGGCUCGUGCUCUCGCGGCGGACAUUUUGGGGGUCGACGAGACUACUCCUGUGAAGCUCGUCGCAGCGGCGCGCCAGCGGUUCCAGGAGGUCGCGGGCGACGCCGACGCGACGUACCUCCGCUAUCAGGGCCGGCGCAAGGCCGCGGUGCGGGUGGUUUGUUGCGUCGCCGCGGCGCGCGGCGGCCUCGCGCUGCGCCGCUUCGCCCGGAGCCAGGGCGGCGUGCGCGCGGUCGCGGGGCGCGUCGCCGUGACGACCAAAGAGAUUAUUGAAAGACGCCUGAUCGUGCCGGCCGUCGAGGUCCUUGCCGAUCUACUGUCUCCCUCGAAAGAGCACCUGAUGGCCGACCCUCAAAGCCUCCGUCAGGCCGAAGCGACGCUCGAGGCGAUGCUGACGGACUGGCUCCGGGACCGGGAGUCUACCUUGUCAUCUGACGAGAUCGCCGCGCUCGCCAAAAAAGGGGACCUCACGUCCGUCGGCGAGACUUUGGCCGCGGAGACGCGCAAGCCUCUGACGGGAUUAAUCAGCGGUGCUGACACGGUGUCCCUACAUAACCCUCACGCCGUCGCCGCGACCCGUCGACUCGCCUCCGCAGGCAACAUCGUCCGCGCGCUCCUGAUCCAGUUGCAAGCGUCGGCGCGCGACGCGCAAGUGGCCUUGGCGGCGGUCGACGACUUAUUGGCUGCCCAGACGGUGACGAUCCGCGCCCUCGCGCUCGUGCCCGCGCUACUACUCCUGGUGCUGCUUACCAAGGGCGUCAGGAUCCUGUUCCUGGCGCUGUUCUCCCGGUCGGUCAAGCGCACGGACGACGUUAAGAGCGAAGCGGCGGCCACCCUCCAGGAGAUGCAGCGCAUCGCUCUAUUGGCCCGCGACGACAGCGAGCCGCUCUCGGACGUCGCGCUGGGCGCGCUGGCCGUCGAGACGUUCGCGCUCUCCAAUUUGCUCCGAGUGCACCGCGCCCGCUUCAAGCCGGCGCGGCUCCGGCGCCUCGACCGCGCCCUGCGGGACCUGUUCGCGCCGCUGCCCGCGCGGGCCGUCGUCGCGGCGCUCGACGCGCUCGAGCGCGACCACGCCUUUCUCCGACUCGCGAACGCGCGCGAGCCGCCGCCGCCGCUGACGCUCGUGUGGAGGGACUCCCCGUAG